AUGUUCAACGCAGCUCAGGAUCUCGUUGGCCUUGUUGGUCUUCUAUGGCCAGCUGCCCGAGAAGAUCUGUACGCUCAGGCAGAAGGUGACCCAGAGCUGAAAAAAGUACUUCAGGCUAUCAAGAAGCCUGGUAGAGAUCCCACGAAAGAACUUUCCAAGCUUUCUUCCAGCCAUCUUGCUCGCAUCGAACUCAUGAAUACUGAGUCUCUUGCAAAGAUCUUCGGCUACAGGGAAAACCUCCAUCUCAGAGUCGCUGCUCGUUUCCAACCGCUACUUGACCUGAUUUGUAUACAGAGGUCUCAAGGAUCACAUUUGAAGACACACAAUGGCGAGUCAGUCAAGCUUGGGACUCUCUUCAAGAAGAUUCACUAUUGUAUUGCCAAGGCGGAAUUCCACCCGGCCGAAGAGGUUGAAUAUCAGAUGUGGCACCGCGCGGCAGCAAAUGAAUAUGUUUCGGCGGGUGAGAAAACAGAUAUCAAGAUAGCUCCUCCAACUGCUGCGGUCCGUAAGAGCUCAAGGGACCAGAAGGACUUUCCGGUGUCUACGAUUCCCCUGAGAAAGCUCGCAAUGGCCAAUUUCUCGACAAAGCUGGCUCGUCUCAACGCGAUCAUGGAGGCUAUUGGGGGCGACACACAUGUCGCAACUUUGCGACUGUGGAGAGCCAAGGGGAUUAAUGCAGAGAUGAUACAUCGGAUAACGCGUGGUAAAGGCGAGAGACUUGCUGCGACAGCUGAGGAGCUUUUGAGUUUCUUCAGUGAGGGUUCUCCAGCGUUGCGUGUUGCGUUUCAGGAAGUUCUCAAAGCCAAAGUCAUUGAGCAGCUGAACAAAGCCCAGUUCAAUCAACAUCAGAAGUUGAUAAUUGGAGAAGUCAUCCCUGCUAACGCCUUUUUUUUGGAGACCGUCUUGAGGGCACUCCUGAUCGACGCGAGAGUUUUCCAUGCCGACCUGUCCCACCAAGCUAAGGGGCAAAUGGUAGACCUAUUCAACGAUGCGAAGAGUACUCUCAAAGUUCUCAUCAUGCUAUAUGAUGUCGGUGCAGUCGGGCUGAACUUACACAAAGCAUGCAAUCGUGUACUCAUAUCUAGCUUGCCGAGAAGUCGUUGUCAAGAAAGCCAGCUCGCUGGUAGAGCUUUACGGAUCACUUCGGAAUUUCCACUCACAGUUGUCCGGAGGUGGACGCCAAACAGCCACGACCAGUUCCGUGGUGCUCGCCAAGCGGAGAAAGCCACCUUACAACUGGCUGCAAAUGCUCAAGAUCGUUCGAUACAACGACUAAUAAUUCAACUUUUACAAGCCCUCCAACCAGAAAUCGAUCAAUGCCACCAAAGCGCAGAAGGAAAGGACCUGCUGAGGGAAAUGACGGCCCGAAACCAAAAACGAUCGGAAGCAGCUACGGAAGUAAUCAGGGAGAAACGAUCUCGGAGAGCUCCAGAAAGAUACGCCUCACUCAAAUAUGACAGCAGGGGGGGCAUUCUUCCACACUCCUCCUCCUCAGAAACUGCUGGACUGGACAGCGAUGACGAAUCGAUAGUCCACGAAGAAGAUCGUGAUGAAGAAUACGAAAUACCUGAUGACAUUGACAGUGAGGAUGAGAUGUUAGACACUAACUGGGAAGAGGAAGAUCUUAACACAGACUUGGAGGUGGAUAACGAUGUUGCCAAUUUUGUCAACGAGAACCAUCCAGACGAUGAAACUCGUCACAAGCUUGCCCUCUUACAAUUGCCACCUCACAAGACCUGGACGGAAAAGGACUUGGAGAAUGAGCUUUUCAUGAGAGUCGGACUUCAUUUACUCUACAAUAAGAUUCAUGGAGGCUCCUCGCUCCAUCUUGAACGAUCAAUUCAUAUCGCCUACCUCCAGUUUCCUCAGAAAGUGAUCGACACAAUGAAAGGCUACACAGAGGCAACAGAGAAACAGAUGGAGACAGCGAUGUCAAUUUGA